CUAAGGUUGGGGGGGAGGCCGGUUCCGCACACCCGGCGGUGCCGCCGCCGCUCCGCGCCCGCCUGGGCAGCUCAUCCCCGGGCGGCCCCGGGCAGCUCCUUCCCCCUCGGGAGCCUCUGCUCUGAGCGCAGGCAAAGCAGCGGCAGAGACUUCGCGAAGUUGACACAUUUUGCAGGCGAGGAGCGACUGCGGAGCCGGCGAAGUGCGAGUAGGGUGGGAAGUCACCCGGUGCGGGGCAUAACUCCCCCCCAGCCAACCUCUCUCCCUCCUCCUUCCCUCCCCCGCUGCGUUUCCUAGAAAGUUAUAUCAGUGUGGCCAUGCAGUGCUAAAACGGUUCGCCUGCUAGAAACACAGAAAGAAGGGAGAUCUCUUUGGAAACAUGGAGCUGCUGUGCUGCGAGGUGGAUCCCAUGAGGAGAGCUCUGCCUGACCCAAACUUGCUCUACGAUGACCGCGUUUUGCACAACUUACUAACCAUAGAGGAGAGGUAUCUGCCCCAAUGCUCCUACUUCAAGUGCGUCCAGAAGGACAUCCAGCCCUUCAUGAGGAGGAUGGUGGCCACUUGGAUGCUGGAGGUCUGCGAAGAGCAGAAGUGCGAAGAAGAAGUUUUCCCUCUGGCCAUGAAUUACUUGGACCGAUUUUUAGCUGUGGUGCCCACUCGAAAGUGCCAUCUGCAACUGCUGGGGACGGUGUGCAUGUUCCUGGCCUCCAAGCUGAAAGAGACAAUCCCCCUCACAGCCGAGAAGCUGUGCAUAUAUACGGACAAUUCCAUCAAACCCCAAGAGCUGCUGGAAUGGGAGCUGGUGGUGCUGGGGAAGUUGAAGUGGAACCUCGCAGCUGUCACCCCGCACGAUUUCAUCGAACACAUCCUAAGGAAGUUGCCUCUACCUAAAGACAAGUUGCUUCUGAUCCGGAAGCAUGCACAAACGUUCAUUGCCCUUUGUGCCACAGAUUUUAACUUUGCCCUGUACCCACCGUCAAUGAUAGCAACUGGAAGUGUGGGAGCAGCCAUCUGUGGCCUUCAGCUCAAUGACGGGGACAGGUUCACGGACCUCCUGGCCAAGAUCACAAACAUAGAUGUGGACUGCCUUAAAGCUUGUCAAGAACAGAUCGAGGCGGUGCUAGUAAACAGCCUUAGGCAAGUCCGGCGGCAGCAACAGCAAAGCAAUCCUUCUAAGACGGUGGAUGAACUGGACCAGGCCAGCACUCCCACAGAUGUGAGAGAUAUCGACCUGUGAGGACAUCGGCACAGAAAGUCACGCUUGCUCCCCCAGCCCUUUUAUUUUUAUUACUAUUUUUAGAGUGAAAUCUUUUUUUUUUUUUAAUCUGCUCCCACAUAGAACGUAUUUAAAGCUCUUUUAGGUAAAAAAAAAUAUACAAAAACUGAAUAAUGAAAAAAAAAAAAAAAAGCAUUUGGUGCCUGUGAUGUUCUACAGAAGGGAAUCCCACAAUAUAUUUGGUAAUUGCUAUUUGAUUAUGUAUCAGUGAUAUUAAAUGCUUAUAAAAGCAUACAAAGUAGCUAGAUAAAUGUAAGCCUGCAUUUGUGGGAACAAAGUAGAGUAUACUUGUCUGUGUAUUAUGACCUAGUGCAUACACCCCUUUUUUAGAUUUAAGAAAGGAAUCGUGUGUGCGAUUUUAUGGCUUGACUAGAUUGCAAAGCAAUAGAAUAAGGGGUUUAGGGCGAAGUGGGAAAAGAUCCCUGAAGCAAUUGAACCAUUUUGAAUACAGAAGAGAUUUGCUGAUCUGUCACCUCUGUUAUUAGUCAGAAGUGUUUGUUGGAUCUCUGUACGUUAGUUUUGUUUACUCUUGCUGUCUGUGGUAGCUGCUACCUAAGAAAGAAGAUGCUUUAUUUUGCCAGCCAGAAGAGCAGGUGGUUUUGGGGUUUUUUUUGGGUUUGUUUUUGUUUGUUUUUUUUUUCAAAUUCCCCUCUCCCCUCUUGACUUUUUCUACUUUUCCUUCAGAAAUGGUUCAUUCUAAACACAGCAGCAUCUUUGGCAUAAGGGCAAUCCCAUUUACCCACCUGUGGGCCAAGCCAAAGUUAUCGAGUGUUCACGUUAGAUGGGGGAAAUGCACCAAUUAACUCUGAGCAGUCGGCUAAUCAGACCGCCUCCGACCUAUGGAUUGCAAGAUGCGGUGGAUCAUCUGUGAAAAGCAUUAUAUUCCUUUACAGUGCUAAUGCUUCACGUCAAUGUUAACUUUUGGCAGCUCCUUAGCUUGGCCGUAAAGACAUUUAAAUGAUGCUCUGUCCAUCUUUUUAACAUAUCCUCACUGUGUUGAAGAAGAUGAGAUUCAGUUUGAUCCCUCUUCUGCCUACCCAUCUUCCCCCCCCCUCCCCCACUCCCGCACACUUUUUCAGCAUUUCAUUAACUAUUGAUUCACAGUGAGCGUUUUUAUAAACCAUUUCAUUCGAAAAGCACUUUGAAAAUUGUUCCUAAGGGAUUAAAUGAGAUGGUUUAUGAUGAUUUUGCCAAGGAAAAAAAAAAAAAAGAAAAAAAAAAAGAAAAGGAAAAAAAAAAAAGAAAAGAAAAAAAAAAAAGAAAGAAAAAGCCACAAAAGCAAAGCAUAUAGCUUUUUAUAGUCAAUAUUUUCCAGUAUCUGGUGUACUUGGUUAGUUGCGGUGUUGCUGGAAAUACCAACACCUGCUUCAGAUGACAUUCCUGUCAUGACAUUCCGGAUAAAAGCCUGACGAUUUGUAUUGUUCAGUGUCACAGAAGGAUCUUAAUACCACCUGCAUGCUUAUCUAUGGACAACGAAAGAAAAUCGCUGGUGCAAAAGACACGAGUGUAAACAUCAAGGUGUGUGACUUGGGAGUUUUAUUACAAAGGUGUAUUCAGUGUACUUGAAUUUAUUUUUCCGCUCCAUCUGUAACGAAGAGGCAUUUAGACGGCAAAGGAGUUGGAGCAACUUUUUUUUUUUUUUUUUUGCACAAUUGUAUUAACAGUUUGCAAAUUAUACAGUAUGAAGCUGUUGGUUGAAAUGUUAAUGUUUGCAUUUUUAAGACAGAAAUCCAGAAAGAACAUGCUACUUCGAAGAAUAUUAUAUGAAUGGACUCAGCCGUAUUUGGCUAGAUGAGGGUAGAAAAUGGAGUAAGAUUCUAAGGUUUUGUUGUUGUUUUGGUUUUUGGGGGUUUUUGGUUUUGGUUUUUUUUUUUUUGCGCUGCUAAGAAGCUAUGAUUUGUUUCAUUCUUAUUCACAUUAACAGUACUUAGCUGUAUUGUUUCACUGAGUGUGCUGCUAUUUUAUAAACAUUUUUAUAAUAUAUUAUUUUACUGCUUAAAUUUCAAAUCCUGAAGUAGAUGGUUAAGUGGAGAUAUGAUGAGUUCUUUGAUUUACUGGAAAUGCCCUGUACAGUUUUGGUUUUUUUUUUCCUAAUAGCGUGUUCAUGAUUUUUUUUUUUUAAUUUUAUUUUAUUUUUUCCUUCUUUCUGUUGUUUUUUGGGUUUUUUUUUUUUCCUUC